AUGCCAUUAAUUAUUAUAUGUGGAACACCAACAAGUGGCAAAACUACAAGAGCAAAAGAAUUAAAAGAGUUUUUCGAAAAUAAACAUGGAAAAAUCGUUGAAAUAAUAUCUGAAGAAGAAGCAAUAACGAAAUUAGGAUAUGAAAAGAAUGCCACAUAUUUGGAUUCACAAAAGGAAAAAAGAGUUAGAGGAUAUUUAAAGUCAGAAGUCAUCCGGCUGAUUGGCAAGGAUAAUGUAGUAAUUUUAGAUGGAAGUAAUUAUAUUAAAGGUUACCGUUAUGAACUUUAUUGUGCAUCCAAAGCAUGUAAAUCAACACAAUGUACAAUUUAUACUAUUCGUAACUAUGAAGAGGCCUGGAAAGAUAAUGAAUACUGGUUAAACAAGGCAAAUAAAUGUGAUUCAGAAGAUAACAGUAAUUCAGGUAGCAAAAGAAUACCUUAUACUGAGGAGGUAUUUAAUGCCUUAACAAAAUUAAGGUUUGAGGAACCAAAUUCUAACCAUAGAUGGGACAGUCCACUUUUUACCGUACAGCCUAGUGACAAUCUAGAUUUUGAGGCUGUUUAUAGUGUCCUAUUUGAAAAGAAACCACCCCCUCCUAAUAUGAGCACGCAAAAUCCUCCACUCAGUUCAACAAAUUUCCUGUAUGAAUUGGAUAAAGUGACACAAUCGAUAUCCAAACAGAUAUUGGAAGCAAAACAACUGGAUCUAGAAGAUGUUAAAUUCCCUGAUUAUCCAGAUUGCACAUGUUCCCCUAAAAGUAGUGACUUCAAAGGUUCCGGUGGAUCUUCCAACGAAGACAAAUUUAUUUUACCUCCAGAACAACAGAAACUAGCCGACUCCUUACUCCACUUUGAAGCGUUACAAAAAGAACAUACUACGUUCAUAUCGCCUAUUACAGAAGAUAAUCUGUAA